GGCCCCUCCCUCUCACCCUAGGCCGGCUGGAGCCUCUUGGCCUGUCCACGUGCGCGCUUCCGAGCCGGCCCUGCAAGUCACGUGACUCCCGACUCUGCGUUUUCUCCACUACAGCCUUCCCAGCUCCUACUGCCUGAAUUCGGCGUUAUGGCUGCAGGCCUGCCCCGCGCCGCUUCUCUCUCCCCACUGUUUCCUCUCCUCCUGUUCCUCCUGCUCCUCUCCGCCCCGCAUGGCGGUAGCGGCCUGCACACCAAGGGCGCCCUUCCCCUGGAUACAAUCACUUUCUACAAGGUCAUUCCCAAAAGCAAGUUCGUCUUGGUGAAGUUCGACACCCAGUACCCCUAUGGUGAGAAGCAGGAUGAGUUCAAGCGUCUGGCUGAAAACUCGGCCUCCAGCGAUGAUCUCUUGGUGGCGGAAGUGGGGAUCUCAGAUUAUGGUGAUAAGCUAAAUAUGGAGCUGAGUGAGAAAUACAAGCUGGACAAAGAGAACUACCCGGUCUUCUACCUCUUCCGUGAUGGGGACUUUGAGAACCCAGUCCUGUAUAGUGGGGCGGUUAAGGUUGGAGCUAUCCAGCGCUGGCUAAAGGGUCAAGGAGUCUACCUAGGUAUGCCUGGUUGCCUGCCUGUAUAUGAUGCCCUUGCCGGGGAGUUCAUCAGGGCCUCAGGUGUGGAGGCCCGCCAGGCCCUCUUGAAGCAGGGACAGGACAGUCUCGCAAAUGUGAAAGAGACUGAGAAGAAGUGGGCCGAGCAGUAUCUGAAGAUCAUGGGGAAAGUCUUAGACCAAGGUGAGGACUUUCCAGUGUCAGAAAUGAGCCGGAUCACCAAGCUGAUUGAGAAGAACAAGAUGAGUGAUGGGAAGAAGGAAGAGCUCCAGAAGAGCUUAAACAUCUUGACUGCUUUCCAGAAGAAGGGGGCUGAAAAGGAGGAGCUGUAAAAAGGCACUCCAGGUUUUCCAGGGUUUGGUGGGGGUGGGGAGGGGAGUUAUUUGCUGGCCAUGAGACUGUCCUGGGAUAUAAGAGAGUGGUGGGGAAAGUGGCACCAAGCCAGAAAUCUGAGCAUACUCAGACAUUGAUGCUGAUGUGACCAUGCUUGGGAUAUCCCUACAGCCAGUCUGUGUACACCUGGAACACUUAGCAGAUAGGAUUAUUAAAUUACCCCUCAGAAGGAAUGGGUGCUGUAAAGAAGAGUGUACGGUCCAGGUCCUUGACAGGUGUAAUUCUGACCCAAUUAAAGUUUCUGUGUUUUGGUUAAGUGGA